CGUGGCAGCUUCCCAGCUCCUCAGCUCAUCUCUCUCUCUCUGAGAAGGAGAAAGAGAAGCUUUCCAUCCUUAAACGACAAUGGCGAUAUCUGUUUCUCCAUUGCCACUUCUCCCCCUGAGAGAGCUCACACAUCACCUCUCCAUCCCCACUUCAAAAUCGUUCCUUUCUUCCCGAAUCAGACUCUGCUUCCUCUCCCAAAUCAUGGGCUCCUCUUCGAGAACCGAGGCAGGACAGGAGAAUGUCCUGUUCCAUGUCCCUGACAUUGACAGCGGAGAGAUGGAGCACGUUGCGGAUCGGGCAUUUCACAGGUACUGCUCGGCUUCCGGUGAUUCCCGGAGAAACGGUAAAGGGACUGUUGUCUUUUGGUUUCGGAACGACCUGAGGGUCAUCGACAACGAGGCCCUGUACGAGGCCUGGAGUUCCUCUGAGGCUGUCUUGCCUGUCUACUGCGUCGAUCCGAGGCUCUUUGGGACUACCCAUUAUUUCGGGUUCCCUAAAACUGGAGCCUUAAGAGCUCAAUUUCUCCUCGAAUGCUUGGAUGAUUUGAAGAAGAAUCUCGUGAAGCGGGGCCUUAAUUUGCUCAUCAAGCAUGGGAAACCCGAAGAGAUCCUUCCUUCUGUUGCAAAGGCAUAUGGGGCACACACAGUGUAUGCCCAGCAAGAAACUUGCAGUGAGGAACUGAGUGUCGAGAAACGGGUAAAUAAAGCUCUGCAGCAAGUAGUGCUACCCAAUUCGAAGAAUCCGAAGCUGCGACUUAUCUGGGGAAGUACUAUGUACCACAUAGAUGACCUACCAUUUAAUCCAGAGAAUUUACCUGAUGUAUAUACUCAGUUUCGUAAGUCCGUUGAAUCUAAAUGCAAAGUCCGAGGUUGUGUGAAGGUUCCAGAGUUACUCGGACCCACACCUAGUGUCACUGACUGGGGUUCUGUUCCUACAAUUGAUCAGCUUGGCCUUCAAUUUGACAAGAUGCAGGUCAGAAAGGGAAUAAGAUUCUUGGGUGGCGAAAGUGCAGCACUGGGCAGAGUAUUUGAGUACUUCUGGAAGAAGGAUCUACUACGGGUGUACAAGAAUACGAGGAAUGGGAUGUUAGGGGCUGACUACUCGACAAAAUUCUCUCCAUGGCUUGCCACAGGAUGCGUUUCACCUAGAUUUAUAUAUGAAGAGGUGAAGAGAUACGAGAAGGAAAGGCAGGCAAAUGAUUCCACAUACUGGGUUUUGUUUGAACUGAUAUGGAGGGACUACUUCAGAUUCCUUUCAAUCAAAUGCGGGAACUCACUAUUUCAUUUGGGCGGUCCGAGAAAAGUGCAGCAUAAGUGGAGCCAAGACCCAAAACUGUUCGAGAGCUGGAGAGAGGGUCGUACCGGGUAUCCUCUGAUUGAUGCAAAUAUGCUCGAACUCUCAAUUACAGGAUUCAUGUCGAAUCGAGGAAGACAAAUUGUGUGCUCGUUUCUCGUCCGUGAUAUGGGCAUUGAUUGGAGAAUGGGAGCUGAAUGGUUCGAGACAUGCCUCUUGGAUUAUGAUCCAUGUUCUAAUUAUGGGAAUUGGACGUAUGGAGCAGGAGUCGGGAAUGACCCCAGAGAGGAUCGUUACUUCAGCAUCCCGAAACAGUCGCAGACGUACGACCCCGAGGGGGAAUAUGUGGCUUUUUGGUUGCCUCAAUUACAAUCAUUGCCGAAAGACCGAAGGCACUUCCCUGGAAACUCAUACAUUCCACAAAUUGUACAACUCAAGUUUGGAAACACGCGCGGACACCAGAGUGGGAACCCGAGCCGAACAACUAGACAAAGGGAUUCGACGACGAGAAGACAUAUGAGAAGCCACCAGAGAUAGAAAGAAUUAAGAGGAACUAAGGGGAAGAAUGAAAGCAAGGCGGCUCGGAACAUAUGGAAUCGACAAAAUGGGACCAUCUUGGGAUGUUCUUUAUGGUCCAAUGCAUCAUACAUGGCCUGGGCUCCAGAUCAAGAAAAAUGGAUGAACUGCGAGAUGAGAUGACUCAACUUAUGCCGACUAAAAAACUCACCUUCCUUAGCUGCAGUAUCAUCGUUCUAUUCCAUUUGAAUAUGUUUGUGUUUGUGAUGAACAAUAUGAAGAAUCAAAACGCGAAAGGAAGGGGACGAUUCUCAUCAUGUGUACAAUCUUCUUACAGAGGAAAGUAUAUGCAAAUUCUUGUUCAAUUCUUAGUUUAA